AGUACAAAGCACCUAAAUCCUUAGGUCGAGAUAAGCUCCCCCCCCGUUCCGUCGUCGCAACAAGCAGCAGCAGCCUUUGCCACGGCGCGACCACCAGACACCCCAUCCCAGCAUUGCUUUACUUUCCGUCAUCCUGCCCUCUGCUCCGACUAGUCGCCCAACCACCAACCACCCUCACACCCCGACAUCCCUCCGGCUCCUCUAUUGCACGACGCCAUCGCUGGUCGCCCAAUCGACGGCAGUGUUCCCUUUGUCGCGUUGAGACGAAUUGCUGCCCUCCCUCUACCAUCGUGACCGAUCCGCAGAAUUAAACUCAUCUUUCUCCAAUCCGACAACUCCAACAGCUAUCCAUCACAAUGUCGGGCGAAGCGUGGCUGUACCUCUUCGCCGUGCUCAUAAAUGCCGUGAACCUGUUUCUUCAAGUCUUCUUCACGAUUAUGUACAGCGACCUUGAAUGGUAUGUACUUGCGCGACUGUGUAGUGAAGCCUCGAAGUUCCGCUCUCGCCAUCUUCCUUGUCGACGUCAUGCUUUUACUCGAUGACUGAUUUGGCUAACAUCUUCGGUCGGCGCAGUGACUACAUUAACCCCAUCGAUCUCUGCAACCGUCUUAACACCUACAUCAUUCCCGAGGCUGCCGUGCAUGGUUUCUUGACACUACUGUUCCUCGUCAAUGGUUACUGGGUUGCCCUCAUCCUGAACCUUCCUCUGCUUGCCUGGAAUGCCAAGAAGAUCUUUGAUAACACCCACUUGUUGGAUGCGACCGAGAUCUUUAGAAAACUAAACGUUCAUAAAAAGGAAUCCUUCUUCAAGCUUGGUUUCCACUUAAUUAUGUUCUUCUUCUACCUAUACAGCAUGAUCGUUGCUUUGAUCAAGGAUGAGAAGGCCUAAGCAUUCAAGGUUUUGCUAUUAGCGCGGCACACUGUUUGCAGGAGUCGCAUGCCUUGUGGGUAGCUACUGGGCGUUGUAUUACGACACAAGAGCUCGAUGUGAUCUCGAACUGGCUAGGUGUGAUUCUUGGACAGAGCCAUUGCAAUAUGGAAAGUCAGUCACGAGUGAGACACAGGGCAACACGGAGAUGUACCCUCGAAAUAUGGAUCGCAGUCUCACGACACAUGAGAUGAAUGUAGGGCUUUUAUCGAUAGAAGGGUGUGUGAUGGAAUGAGGGUGUACGCGGGUGGCCAGGGGCUGGACGCGUGUGAGAGGCGCUUGGUCAUUACAGCGCAAUGUUUGUACGUGUGCAAUUCGACAUGAUGAAUAUAUAUAUAAUACCCAAUACUCGAAGUUACGAGUGACUUUACAGACAGAACCUUGCAUCACAGCCUUGGAAGCCCCGGUUAUU